AUGACCUUCGUGAUCUUCUGGCGGAGGGACUGCUUGAUCUCUGCCUCCAGCCGCUACCACCUGAUGGCGAUGUCCUUGGCCGACACCGUGGUUCUCGUUCUCAUUGUUCUCGUGGAGAUGAUCCUGAAAUGCUACAGCACGGAGCCGUUCUGGUACCGGGACCCCUGGUGCACCCUCCGGGACGUCUUCAAUUACGGUGCAGUCAACGCCUCCGUCUGGCUGGUGGUGUCCUUCACCGUCGAGCGCUUCGUGGCUAUCAACACCUUCAAGCUGAAGGCAAAGCUGUGCUCCCGGAGACGCACGCUCUACAUUAUCGCCCUGGUUCACGUCUGCAGCUACCUAGUGGCUAUGCCGUAUUAUUGGUCCAACAGAUCGGAAAGGGUGAAUGGGACGGGGCGGGCGGUCUGCAAAUUUAACCCUGACCUUCCCAGCUCUUACGUUGAGGGGCUGGUUUGGUUUCAAACCUCACUCGUCAACAUUGUCCCUUAUGUCAUCAUCUUCACCUUGAACAGCCUGACCCUCAGGCAGAUCGUCCUCAGCAACAAAGUGCACUGUGUGAUGGCCGGAGGGCUCCACCGAGUGAACUCUGGAACCCAAUUCAGGUACCAGAAGAAGAAAUCCAUCCUCCUCCUUGUGACUGUCUCGAUGACAUUCGCUUAUCUGGGCGCCACCAGGUUUGUCACGCAGAUUAUUCUCAGGACCUGCCAUUAUGACAUAGAGAGACAGGAUUACUCUAAGGCUAUUAACAUUGCGGUGGACAUUGGUACUAUGCUGGAACUGACCAACUCAGCUGUGAACAUGUAUCUCUAUGCCUGCACCCAGACUGCCUUCCGCAGGGAGCUAAUCCAUUGCCUCAAGGCUCUCCUCUCUCCCUGCAAAGCACAGAGAACGCACCCAUCAGCCAUCUUCCAGGUAUAAUGCACAUGUAUGCAUACACACACGCUGCCUUAUGGAGAUGUCCUGCUGCAUGUCUCCCCAGAGGCAGGUAUAUCUCCCUGUGUUUAAUGAGAGGACUUGCCUUAUCCCAGCCAGGAGUGAGGAUAAGAGAAAUGGGCCUAGCAUUAGGUAUGUAAAAUAAAUUCAGUUCAACUUAACAUCUUCAGCAGAUCGAUAGCAGGCCAUACGUUCCGGCUUUGUCAUCGACUGGCGUGGAGUGUCGGUAGUUUGGAUGUGAACUAACACAUAGCUAUCCCAGCCCCUCCGAGUGACUCCUUCAGCGCUCUGGGGAAAACUGGCUGUGAUUUGUCAACGUUAGAGGGGCUUAGAAUGAGAGCUGGCCAAAAUUCAGGAUUUCUGGUUUGUGGGAAACUUCUGUAUUUUAGAACUUGUUUCCUUCUGAAUGGGAACAAAAGCGCAUUUUUUGAAAUUUCCCACAACUCAGAAAUUCUGAAAGAAAAAUAAAUGGUUCAGAAACAGGGACACACAAUCUGCUCCUUGGGACCCCAGCAGCGGCUGAGUGAAAUUGACUUGAUUCUUUUCUGUUUCAGGCAGUGGCUGCCAGGGCUGGCAGGGUCUGUGGCUCCAGGGCACCCCCACUAUGUGGGACCUUAGGGCUUCCAGACUCCUGAUCCAGCUGGCUCCCAGGGCUGCCAGCUCAGAAGCUGGGGUUCACAGAGCUUCCAGGCUCCUUGCAGAUUAGAGAUGGAGAUAGAGCUCCCUGAGCUUUCAGGUUCCCAGGUCUGCAGCAGAGAUCCUGGAAGCCCAGGCAUGGCAGUGCUGCCCUGGAGUCAUGGACCUGGGAAGCACAUGGUCUCCAGCAGCCUGCCAGGAAAGUUAAUCAAACCCGAGAUAUUUCUGAAAAACAUUUUGGGUUCAAUGAAUUGGUAUGUUCCAGCAAAACUUUUUCACUGUGUUUUCAUGUUUGCAUACUGGGUUUUUCAGUGCAAGCCAUUGGCAGCCUGCUAACAUUCUACCAGUUCUGGGCAUGCUCAGGUAGCUUCGGGAAAAGCAUAGGCAGGGGAAGGAGAAUAAUCUCUAUUGAUAUAUCAGCUGUAUCCCUAGGGUUUGUAUCACAUCCAGAGUUGUAUCAAUUCAAAAUCUGUCUAUAGACCAGGCCUAAGUGAAGUCAAAAAUAUAGCCUUCACGUUGCGCUGAGGGUUCUCGGACCGCAUCUUAACAGAGAGCUUGUCCCCGGGGCACCUUCCUCCUGGUCACUAGCUUGUGAAAGACAUCCCCUCCCAAUCCCAGCCACGUAACGGCCCUGUGACAGCUGCCCUAGAGACCGCCGUACUCCUGAAUGGUGAAAUGGCUCCUGCAGAAAGCACCUGCAAUGGCCUGGGGGAGAGAGAGGUUUCUGUCUUAUCCAUGAUGCCACCACAGCCCAAGGCUAAUUGACCCUAAUUCGUUUCUCCAUUUUCAGUUGGGCUAAACUCAGACUCCACACCCUGGUCUUCAAUCUGUGUUGGGUCUUACCAGGAACUGGCUUAAGCCUUCAUAACACUUAGCAGUGUCCUUCAGAGGAGCCAUCUGAGUGCACUGGCAGCAGGCGAUGUGGAGUGCUGCAUUUCUUGGAGAUGUUUGUAUUUGACUCCCGUGCAACCCAUCAAACCAGCCCUGAGCGCCAAACCACGCAUGUCAAAGCUCAGAGAGCUCUGAAAAGCUCCACCAUUAAGAAACAAAGAGCAUUGCUUCAGAGUGGCUUUGCCUUUCUAGGGGCUUCUUUGUACUUUGGUUAAAAAGAGAGUAUUGUAGUGUGUAGGUUGGGUCUAGUACUGUGAGUGAGAAAGUACAGGCUUCUAUGUACUUGUCAAGCACUUUGCGAGUGCUGAUAGACGCACCUCAAAGGCUUGGGCCCAGAUAAGGCCCUGAGAGUUCAGGGCCCCCACAACGUUGAGCACCAAAGGCCGGCUUAGUUUUGGGACGUGCUGUAGACCGUGACCGUGACCUUCCAGAAAGGAGGUGUGGGUAGGGCCUAAUCCCCCUAGGCAAAGAUUCAGAUUCCUAGGUGUUAAGGAGCCUGAUCGGAUAAUCAAAAAUUCGGAUAAUGGGAAAGUGUGAGGCUGCAGCGCCAUCUAGUGGCCACAGGAGAGCUCACCCACGUCUGGACCCGUGCGUGCCGGUUGUUCGGUUAAUACGGAGAGCCGCCGGAUAUCGGCUCAACGGGGUUCUGCUGUAUUCCCUUCGCAACUCGCUGAGCAUUUCUUCUUCUGUAUCUCUGAUUUUUAAGAGCAGGUCGGACAAACACCUGUCGGGGGGGAGGGAUAGCUCAGAGGUUUGAGCAUUGGCCUGCUAAACCCAGGGUUGUGAGCUCAAUCCUUGAGGGAUCCAUUUAGGGAUUUGGGGCAAAAAUUGGGGAUUGGUCCUGCUUUGAGCAGGGGGUUGGACUAGAUGACCUCCUGAGGUCCCUUCCAACCCUGAUAUUCUAUGACGGUCUAGAAUAAUACUUAGUCCUGCCAUGAGUGCAGGGGACUGGACUAGAUGACCUCGUGCCGUCCCUUCCAGUCCUGCAAUUCUAUGAUUUACCCUAUUGCUAUGGCUAUCGCCUCUCGUGGGCAUAUUCCCAGCGUGUAGUGGGUGCCUGCCUGCCUGCUGCUGCUACCAUCAGCUCUUGGGCUAGGUCUGACACAGAGCUCUUUCACUUCUGAGUCUAGCGGCGGGUGCCGGGCUGUGUUCUGGGGCGCUAAGCCCUGGACCAGAGCGUGAUUUUGGUAGCAUGUAGGUAAAGA